UCCGCACACCAGUCCACAGUCCAGCUAGCCGUGCUCGAUUCGGCCGCCGAGCGAGCCGCCCCCACCUUGCAGUUUACGCGCUGUGCAAUCUUUCCGGUGCGUCUGUAGAAAGGGAUUUUUGCGACAUUUUUUUCUGACUCGAUUUUUGGUUGGUCUGUUUCAUUUUUCUCGUUUAGUUUUUUUGGAUUUUUCGGUUUGCCGGUUGUGUUGGGGGGGUUGUUUUUUUUUUUUUCUUGGGGGAGUACACAUGACGUGGAGAUGGUACGGUGGUGUGUCGCGUGUUUUUACCACGACGAAGGAAGUCCAGGUCCAGGAAAACUAAAAACAUAGCCGUCCCUUAGUGCAUAUAUUAUUAUCUAAUAGAGGUUUAAAUGUAAAUUUAAAAGAAGUUAAAUACUAGUGCCACAUCUACCUGUAUCUUAUGUACAAAAUACACCAACUAAAGAAACGCGUUUGCCAAAAAACAAAGAAGUUAUUUACUCCUAAAACUAUACAUACACUAAAAAUUCAAGUAUAUAUUGUUAUCUACACAAAAAAGAGAGAGAUUCCUAAUAGAGAUUUAACUGUUAAGUAUUAAAACGUUUGCCAAAUUCUAUAAAACAAACAAACACACACACACGAAGUGACCAAAAAAUCGAAGUCGACCCAGUGCCGUUGAUGAAAGACGUGUGGGGCGUCAGAAGUUGAGCGCCCCCGAAACGGCGACCGACGAUGAAACUGUCGGUGUCCGCGUACCGCGCCCACGCCUCCGCCCACAAGAAGAUCCUCGACACGGCUUACAACCUGAACUAUGGAUCGACGUCCGCCUCGCAUCCGCAUCCCGCCAGCUCCGGGGCGGCGGGCGCCCCCACUUGUUCCGGUUUUCAGAUUGACCCCCCACAGGGGGGCGGUCAGCAUCAUGCGGGCGGCAAUCAGGGCGGCGGGCUCAUGGUGACCAAUCUGCUGGACGACGGCAGCAGCGACGACGCCAAUACGCCCCUACACUCGCCCCGCUCGCAGAACACCUCCAGGGAGGAGGACGACAGCUCCAACGCCAACGAGAGCGACUGCAAGAGUCCUAGUCAAAGAACGAAGUCCAACCAAAGGUGGAUGAAGCUUCGCACGACCGUACAAAUAUCAUCCGCAAUACAAAAGAAACCCCCGCUGAAGCGCGAGGACUCAUUCCUGAAGCGCUUCUCCAGCCGCCAGAUACCGGAGGCUCAGGAAACGGUCGAGGACACGGGCAGCGAGGGGGGCACGACGGGCGAGAGCCACUCGGCGCCGCGACGUCGACGACGGCAACGCAAACAGCCGCGCACCGUCGUCAAUCCCGACUCCAACUUUUACUUCUACUGGCUGCUGGUGAUAACCGGUGGCGUCCUCUACAACAUGUGGACGCUGAUAGUGCGCCAGAGCUUCCCCGAACUACAGAGGAUGAUAGCGACGUUCUGGGUGACGUGCGACUCGAUCAGCGACCUCGUGUUCCUGCUGGACGUCGGGGUGCAGCUGAGGACCGGUUACCUCGAACAGGGCCUUAUGGUAUACGACAGCAAGAAGCUUGCCUGUCACUAUCUCAGAUCACGUGCCUUCUUGCUGGAUUUGGCUGCCUUGUGUCCACUGGACCUGUUGCAGUUCAGGUUCGGCUACCAGCCACUAUUAAGGUGUCCUAGGUUUUUAAAGGUGUACAGAGCAGUAAAUUAUUAUUAUAUGGUCGAAUCAAGGACAAUAUGGCCGAAUUUGUGGAGAGUCAUAAAUUUAAUUCACAUUCUGUUGAUUUUAGCCCACUGGUUUGGAUGUUUUUACUUUUUAUUGUCGGAAGCCGAAGGUUUUCAGGGCGACUGGGUCUACCCCUACCGACCGGGGGACUACGCCACCCUUACGAGGAAAUACCUAGGCUCGUUGUACUGGUCCACGCUGACCCUAACCACCAUCGGCGACCUUCCAACACCAGAAACAAACGCCGAGAAAACGAAUAGCGUCGAUGGCCCUCGAUCCCUGCCGCGGAGAGGGGUUAAAUCGCGUCUUCUCCAGUUCAACACGAAUUUUGGAUAUGUGUUCACAAUUGUUAGUUAUCUGAUUGGAGUUUUUAUUUUUGCAACAAUAGUUGGUCAAGUUGGAAAUGUGAUAACAAAUCGUAAUGCGAAUCGUCUGGAGUUCGAACGACUGCUGGACGGAGCUAAAACUUACAUGCGACAUCAUAAAGUGCCGGGAGGGAUGAAGCGUCGCGUCCUACGUUGGUACGACUACAGCUGGUCUCGAGGUCGGAUACAGGGUGGCGGCGACAUCAAUACAGCUUUAGGCCUCCUACCGGACAAGCUCAAAACUGAACUGGCCCUCCACGUGAACCUCAGCGUCCUCAAGAAGGUGACCAUCUUCCAGGAGUGCCAGCCCGAGUUCCUGCGCGACCUGGUGCUGAAAAUGAAGGCGUACAUCUUCACCCCCGGCGACUCGAUAUGCCGCAAGGGGGAGGUGGCCAGGGAGAUGUUCAUCAUCGCCGACGGCAUCCUGGAGGUCCUCAGCGAGCACGGCAAGGUGUUGACCACCAUGAAAGCCGGUGACUUCUUCGGGGAAAUCGGCAUUUUGAACCUCGACGGCCUCAACAAGCGCACGGCUGACGUCAGGUCAGUCGGGUACUCGGAGCUGUUCUCCCUGUCGCGUGAGGACGUCCUGGCCGCCAUGAAGGACUACCCCGAAGCUCAAGAGAUCUUGCAGGCCCUGGGGCGCAAGCGCCUGAUGGAGGUGAAGGCCAGCGCACGCCAGCACGCCCACCACAAAGAGCACGGCCACCACGGCCACGGCCACGACAAAGGGCUGGUGGACAAAAUCAAGAGCGAAGCGAAGGGUUUGAGAAACGCCUUAAAAAAAUCGAAGACCCAUCGACGUUCGAACGAGUCGCUAGAGCUUCAGCCCCUGCACAGCAACAACAACUCCAAAGGCACCUUAAAGCGGAUGUCCAGGGUGAAGUCGCACGAGCUGUCUCAGGAGGAGGCUGGCGAAAGGAAGGAGGAAAAGGCUGAGCCCAGCACCUCCCCACUAGGUGCUGGUCUGCCCCUGCUGCAACGUUUAAGGUUGCUCAAGGAGAAGCAAGAGAAUGAGGAGAAGGCGAAGCGUGCAGCCUCACCGAUGAUAUCACCAACCAUGAAGAGCCCUCCUUUAAUCCAAGAAGACAGUUCCGAACCUCUUGGUGCGGGUCUGCCUCUUUUGCAAAGGAUAUUGAUGUUGAAGGCCAAGGAAGAGAAGGCAGCUAAGGCGGCCAAGACAGGCGUUGGAGGGUUGAUAGUGAAGAGUCCCUGUCAAUUAAUUAAUAGUCAAAUUAAUGUUAAGUCACCCCCAAAUUCUUCACAACCGACUAGCCCCACGCCCAUAGUUACGUCGACGUCGAGGAUGUCAUUGCCCUGUCCCCCCAAAUCUGGUUUUAUAUCAACCACUAAAACCCAGAUGCCUGCAAAGUUAAUUAAUAAUAAGAUAUCCCUAAGGGAACGUCUCAAGCUGCACACGUCCUCGAACAAGGAGAAGGACACCAGCAUCAAGGACUCCCUGCUGAAAGACACCGACGCCCCACCGGAAAGUGACCUGAAACAAGUGAUAGUUGAACCGUCCACACACGCGAAACCGACCGUGCCCCAGGCCGAGGACAAAAGUGACGCGCCCCCCGUUCCGCCUCGCGUGCGCAACGAACCGCCCGAGGUUACGGACAAACCGACGGACGCGAGUGAGUCGCCGAAGGCGAACGACGACGUGAGCAGCGAGAGGUCGGUGCUGAGCAGCGAGUCGAGCAUCGACAAGGCGCAGCACUGGGUCAAGUUGAAGAAGGCGGCCAUCUCCAAGGACGUCGGCGAUCAGACGGAGAACGGCGAGGAGGAGGCGGAGAUGGAGGAGCGGCCGAAGGCGAACGGGAAGUCGAAGCAGAAGCCCAACCUGAUACUGACCAGGAAAACGAAGCACUACAGAACAGUCAGUAUUUAUCCUUCGGACGAGUCCGGCGAACGUACCAAAAUGAAAUCGUAUCUUCCAAUAAGGUCAAUAGAUGACCUCUCACCUGAGUACGGUCCCCUACCCUUCGUGAAAAAGCUGAAGAUCCUCAACGAACGCCAGAAGCUGGAGGAGCUGGAGUCGGUGAUCAAAACCAGGAGCUUCAGCUUGGACAUCCCCGAUAACCAAUCGAUGGACAACGACACCUUGACCAGAUCCCAAUCGGAGGGUAGUACCAUGCACCAAAACAAAAACUUCCUGAGCACACCGCUCGUGGCAAGUCCCCUGCACUCCUCCAACGAAUCAAACGAAACACCCGAACGCAGGAACCUCAAAUCGAUCCUCAAAAAACUAUCGGAGGACUCCAAGGAGGUGCAACAAAACGUAAUGCCGGAAAAACGAAGCAGCGCGGAGUUCAGGACAACGAAACUUAGAUUGAUGAGGGCGCCGACCAUAGAGGGUUACGCGGCCAGACACAGCAAGCUAUCGAAAAGCGUCACCUUCAACAGGGACACGUUGCAAAGUCCGCCGAACAGUGCCAACCUGAUCACAGGCACGCCGCAGAGCUUGUUCCCGUUCGGCGCCACCGACCUCAUCUCCAAUCAGGAGAAGAAGGCGGAGCUGGAGAGGUUCCUGCCCAACAAGACCAACAACCAGGUUAAAUUAAUUAAGGCAUCUUUGGAUGAUGAACAGCAAUACUUUGCGGACAUCCUGUUGGCCAUCAAGCAAGUAAUGUCGGCCCACCUGCAGGAGAUCCAGGAGAAGUUCCAGCAACGGUUCGAGAAGCUGGAGCAGGACUGCAGGGUCAAAGACGAAAUCAUCGACCAGUUGAGGGCCCACAUCACCGAACUGGAGAAGAACAACGACGACUCACUAACGGACUCGUACGAGACCAUCAUCUCCAAGGACAAGUCCUGGGACGAGCCCUCGCAGGAGGAAAUCGGGGAGAUACAGGAGCUGCCCCAGCAUCCGCUGCAGCCCAGCAGCAUCUGGUCGUCCCGAAGUCGAGACUCCCUCACCGAGGCAACGCACAACGUAAUCCUAGACAUCGAUUCGACGACGGACACCGAUUCGGAAAAGUCGGAGGCCAGGGACGAAACUGAUUCGUUGUAUAACGAAAACGAACAGAUCCUGGAGCUGGACUCGGAAACGGAUCAGAACGAGUCGGAGAGCGAGUUCGACGAAACGACCGGCAACAACUGGGAGAUAGAGAUGCUGGCCGCACAAAUACGUGAACGGAGAUCUGCGAGCUUGGAUCACAACGCCACAGGUCGACCAAGGAGGCGUUUCAACACGGGCUCAAGCGUCGAUAAUUCAAACGACUGAUAUAUAAUUUCGUUCAUCUAUUUCUUAUCCAUCGGACCUAUUUUUUCAUCGUUCAAGGUGUAAAUAUUUCUAGUUGAUCCUGAUUUCAGUCAUCCGAACUUUAUUGUCUGCGAUCUAUCGGUUUCGGAACAUUCAGCGGAUUCACUUUGACUUGUUACUUGUUGAUGUUAUCAAAUUUUUAUAAGUAGGCUCAUUACACACGAACCAUUGUGCAGUAUUUUUGUUACAACGAUAUCAAAUUAAUAUGUUACCAAGUUGCAUGGAUCUAUUGGUUAUUGUUUUCUUAAGUUCCAACUACGACCAAAUAAUAUUUGUCCGGUGAGGAUUUUUGUAUGUAAUGAGUCGGGGGGUGUUUUCAAUUACUUUUUACUUUUUUGAGAUGUAAGAUGACCUUAGCUUUACUAAAGAAGACUGUCUUAAUAAAAAAAAUGGCUCGAAUUGUUGAAAAAUGCUCAAAAACAAUGAAAUUAUAAGUAAAAAUGAUUCAAGAGUGCCAAAUAUAGCCAAAGAUGAAAUGAAUUUUAUGCGAAAAGAAAACCAACGCGUUUCUUUUGUAGAAAUCUUAAUUUUUUACAAGAGGAAUUUACGUAAUAGGAUUUAUUCCUAGACAAGAUGAUAAUUGAAAGUAUUUGUUUUUCACAAUAAUAAUUUUAGAGAUGAAAUGACCAGUGAAUAGUGAGUAUUAAUAAAAGAAUCAAUAAAAUGAAUAAUUAUUGUAGAUAACACCUAUUAAUAAUAAUAUAGUAAUAAUAUGUAAAUUAUAUAAUUAUAAAUUAAAAACAAUAAAUUAUA